CAUGUCCAUGAAGCUCUUUGAAGACUUCCGUUACAGGAGGUGCUUCUGAUGCUGUAGGUAGAUAAAUAGUGUUUGUGCAAGUUCCUGUCUACAGUUUCCUCCUCCUCUCAGGCACACAAACACCUACAUUAGUAGAAAUAUCAAACCAAAGGAUUCAACACACCAAGGCAGCUCAUAUAAAUCAGAAAUAUCAAAGACUGGAGGGCCACCUCGCCGGGCCUGCAGGCAACACAGUUCUUCUAUCAUGGUUGACAACAUCGUCUCAAAGCCUUUCGGGUUAGUUUUGAUCGUCACAGCUCACUUGGUAUUCAACGGCCCCACCCAAGCAGAGGUCAUUGGGAUCCUCGGCGACAGAAUCACCUUUGAGUUCACAUUUAACAAGAAUGUCACACAAAAAAUUGCAGUUUAUACAAACAACACAAAGAUUGCUGAGUAUAAAAAGGGCAACAUAAUCCCAAGAGAAGGCGAUUUUGACAUCUACCCUAAUAAUACUUCUGUGUUUGUCCACAUUAUAAAUCUCAAACUAAAUCACAGUGGAAUUUACUCGGCCAGUUUUUUCACGGAUACAUCCGUCAUAGAGAGUAACAAUAAGGUGCAGCUCAUCGUCCUAGAGGAGAACAGAAGCAGCACAGAUCUUCCAGUGACGAAUGACAAGCCAAACAAUGAAGACGAAGGAAGUCCCAGUAUCUCCUCUCACAUCGUCACUGUCCUUGUGGUUCUACCCGUGGUGCUGUUGGCUGCAGUACUUCCCUUGUUGAUCUGGUGUCUCUUGAGAACCAACGACGAACGACAACAACCACCACCACAAGAAAACUCCAAUCCCACAGUACAAGAAACCAUUGAGGCGUCCAAUAAUGUGCCUGCAUCCCAGCUGGUCUACAGCGUCCUGGACUUUCCCAAAAGACCUCAGACAGUUUUGGAUAUUAAUCCAAAUGAUACUGAAUACGCUGCUGUCAGCUAUCUCCAGGAAAAGCGACAAGUGUGACAUGCUGCUGAAUGUAAACCGGUUGGUCCCUCUUGGUUUGGGUAAAGGUAUGCAAGAUGACGUCUAAAAAUAUAUUUCUAGUAAGUGUGAUGAAUGCUUUUUAUAACACCAUGAUGAAUCCUCACAGCCUGGAGGCUCCUUGCAAUGAUUUACAAGCAAAAGAGUUUGGAGGGGAAGAGUCAAUGUUGUGCUUGGGCCAUAAGUAUGCAGGUGUCACUUUGUUUUUGGUGGUCGUGAGAUUAAAAUGUUGACAAUUUCUGCGGCACACAAAAUGUUGUAUUAACAAACCAAUGUUUUAAUUUGAUUUGGUUUUUGUUUGCUAUUAAUUUUUCUCAGGAUCGUCUGUCCACUAAACUCUUAAAGGCAAAAUCUGGUGAGAUUUUUUGUUAUCAUUAACAAAUGCCAUAAGAAGGCCAACACAUUGCAUUGAUCCUACUAACACGUACUGUAUAAAAGCUGAUACAUCUUAUUCCUCUGUGUCAUAGACCCAGAAACCCGGAAGUUAGAAUUGCACUGGUUCUAUUGACAAAAAGCCAAUUGGAUUUUUCCAUUGGCUUUUGGAUUAUUGCAGAAAAUAAGCUCUGUGGCAAACAAACAUUUACGAUACU